CCUUCUCCCCAGCAGCGGCGGGGUCGCCUGGCCUCUUCUGCGCUCCGGGACGGCGGAGGCUCCGAGGCGCCCGAGAGCGCAGCGCUGCAAAUCACAUGCAGGCAGCCGCUUAAUCUGCCUUGGUAGGCAGGGAGAGCAAAGGUCAGGCGGCUGCUUUUCCAACGUGCGGCGAAACUCGCCGAUGGCAAACUUUGCACAAAGGGAGUCCUCGAGGCGCUGCCUGGGAGCUGCGCCGAGACGCGGAAGGAGCAGCCCGGCGGCGGGGGCGCCCCGCUGCAGUCUGGCCGCCUGGCCGCGCGGUUCAAGGUGACCACCGCCUCCGAUCGGCAUCCGCAGCCCCGAAAGUACCUCCGGAAAGGCUGAAUCAGGAAGCUCUGCUGUUUGAAAGCUCGGGAGCGCCCAUCUCACUAGCCGGAAAGCUUGUGGGUUUGCAAAAAUAAAACCCGACUUGUAACUUCCCCAGAGAUGUAGAAAACUCUGGAGGAAUAAUGGAGCUUGCUGGAGAAAACAUGUCAGAGAAGCAAAGGGGAGAAUGCUUGGACAGACAGCAGCUGCCCCAGGACUGCAAGCCAUGUGGACAGGACAGCUCCCCAGCUCAGGCGCAGGCGGCUGUGGGCAGCCAGUCUCCCAGCCCCAGCCUCCGGGGUGGAAGCUUGAUUCUCCGCAGGGCACAGCUGUCCAACCUCAACAGGAGCCUGAGCAGGUCCAGCAGGCGUUCGCAUAACUGGGCGACAGGAAUGGACCCAGCCAGGCUUUCUGUGGGUGGAGGCAGCACAAGGAGGAAAGGCCUGAAAGAGAUCCUUUUGCAGAGCAGUGAGGCAAAACCCAUUUGGCUGGAGGCUUUGCCGAAGGGAGAUGUCAACGCCAGCAACAUCUCCGAUGGGCUGCGAGGCCCCGACCCUCUUCUGGAAGCCAACUUGGAGGACUUGUCCUUAGUUUUGGACCCACUGGAGCAUGAGUGGAUGCUGACAGUGGCCCAAGGAGAUGCAGGGAGCAUCCUCCGGUUGCUGGACCAGGAUCCCAGCCUGCUCUCCACGCCAGACUUUGUGACUGGCUUCACCGUCCUCCACUGGUUAGCCAAACACGGUCGACAUGAGGACUUGAUAGAAGUCGUAACUUUUGCCGAGAAGCAGCAUUACCCAGUAGACGUCAAUGUAUUCACAGCUAGCGGCCGGUUAACCCCUCUGCACCUGGCCGCUCUUCAGGGACACGAGAUGGUCAUUAAAGUGCUGGUGGGGGCCUACGGGGCAAACACAAGCCUUCGAGACCACAAUGGCCGCAAAGCGUGGCAGUACCUCCGAGCAGAUGCUCCAAGGGAGCUGAAGGAACUUUUGGGGGCUUGUGAGGAAGACUUGGCCCUGCUAGGAGCAGGCAACACCAACAACAACUGUCUCUCAUCCAGACGGGGUGGUGGCAGUGGGUUCAAAAGAGACUGCAAGGAAAUUCAAGGGGAAGGGAACAGCCGCAGGGCCAUCACCGGACUGACCUCUUUACGGAACUUGUUCAGACAAGCAAUUGCAUUUUUCCAAGAGAUGUAGAUGUUUGCUUGGUGGCUGAGGCACUUGGGCCUGCUGACUGUGUAGAUUUUGACAGAAGCCUUCAUGAGAGGGUGGGAAUGCUGUGGGAAGAAGCCUGAGAGGUAGGUGAAGAUACACUGAGGUUAUCUGUGAAAUGUUGGCUUCAGCGAACCUGCCCAGGUUUGCAGUUUAGCCUUGGUUAGGAGAAGUCCAAAGUCUUAAAGAAAACGAUGGAGUUAGUACAAGAAUGAGAAAGGCCAUCCUAUACUCUGCUAAAGGGAGUCCAGAGGGAAGACUGUGCCAGGAAAAGGGGAAUUCUGAAAACUGUAUAUGCAAAUUUAACUAAUGUGUACAUGUUGUUAUUUUGCAUAAUUUAUUCUGGUUUGGGGUGUGGCAAGGAGCAAUAUUGAACUCUAAAACUCCACAUCUAAGUCCCUGGAAAUCUUGGGCAGGUACCGAUUCAGCUACUGAGACUUCUCAUAAGCAUCACCUACACACUUCAAAAAGUAACUUUGUAAUCAGAAGGGCUAGAGACUUGCAUGUCUAAAAAUGUGGAUGCCAUCCUAGACACAAACUAACUCUGGCUUUGCCAGCAACUGGUGAGGAGUGUAUAAACGUUGGAACUAUUAAGAAGACUCUCAAAUAAAGAAUUAAAAUCACACAAACCUGGAAUUUUGUGUUAUGUUCUAGGAUUCCAUUUAACACAGGUAGGUUUAUAUGGUUGCCCUCACAGUGCUAACUUUGAUGUUAAAAACAGGG